AUGCAGUUUGUACACUCGCCCACGGGCCCGAAGACGUCGCACUUCUGGGGCCCCGUGACCAACUGGGGCAUCUCGCUCGCCGCGCUCAAGGACAUGACCAAGCCGCCGGAGAAGGUCUCGCCCAACAUGACCGCCGCGCUGUGCGUCUACUCGCUGCUGUUCAUGCGCUUCGCCAUCAAGGUGCAGCCGCGCAACAUGCUGCUGUUCGCGUGCCACGCCACCAACGAGACCGUCCAGCUCUACCAGCUGCAGCGCGUGUACGGCGGCGUCGACUGGUUCUACAAGAGGGACGACCCCGAGCAGGGGCCCAACAAGCCCGAGCCCGCGGCCCCGCAUUAA